AUGGCUGGCUUACCCAACAGCUCCCAAAAGCGAUCACGAUCUAGACAAGAUAUUGCCGACCUAGAUAAAGCGGAAUUCCGACUCACGAAGCGACGGCAUCCCAAUGCCUUCGAUACGCGCGAACAGACCAGGCCUACAUCCUCAAGCAGCGGCUUAGUGCCGGACCCUGAGGAAUGGAACGGCGAUGGUGACGACGAUGCCUUGUACAAUCUCUUCGCGACCGCUCCCCCGGAACGUUUUGCGACAAUACCACGACCCCAUGGGGCCCGAGGGCUGGAGGAGCCCUGGUGGGAACUGCGCGACGACCCCGAGAUAUAUCUCUCCCUCGAUUUCCCGACCCCCGAAAGACCAAUGCACCGGCAAGAGAAGGAUCGAACAUCGCGGUUGAGGGGCCUCCAUACCAGAUUCCGCAGUGCACUCGAGAUCUAUAGGGAAGAGGAUGUAGAGUCACAUCCAGCUUCGUCUGGCUAUGACUCCCAUUGGGCGUCUUCUGAGUUCGCCGUCACUCAAGAGAAGACUAUCAUAUCUCGAGAGAAGGUGACUUUGCAGGAUGGCUCUACCGUUUUGCGUGAAAGGACUGUCCACGAACGAAUCACAUGGAGUCGAUCCCCGACCCGCAGCCCCCACUCUCGCUCCCGAUCGAGUUUGUCACCAAGUACCGAGCUCCAGCGCGCGCAGGAAGAGCAAGAUACGGCGAGCCUAGGAAAAGCGAAGUUACUGGUCUUCGACAACGACAAUCCCGUUAAGGUGACCAUUGAAGCGACGAGUCGCCGAGUUCGUAUCCGAGCACGAGACGUUAGUAACAUCGUCAAGAACCAACAUGCAGACUCCGCCCUGACUCGUAGGGACAUUUACAACGCCAGAGCCCUCAUCAAACGCCAAAAGCUAGACAGCUACAACCCAACGGCUGCGCUCAUCAAGAUCUUCGACGAAAAGGGCGUUCCUUAUGUGGUGAAGUGGUCAGAGGCGGAGCCAAGUCGUCUUGUCGGUCUAGUGUGGACAUUCCCGUACUGUAUCCGCAUGUGGCAGCGGUUCUCAGAAGUACUCAGCUUCGACAAUACGUACAACACGAACCGCUUCAAGCUCCCUCUUUUCCAGGCCACUGGCCAGACUUGCCUUGGAACUGUCUUUAAUGCCGCAUUCGGCCUUGUCGACAACGAAAGGUUGGAAGGUUUCCAAUUUCUCGCUGAUGGCAUCCGGCAGUUCGCAAUCCAACACAACAUCCGGUUACCCGAUACCAUCCUCACAGAUUUCGGCGACCAGAUGAAACAGGCCUUGAACGAGCAGUUCCCCGAGAGCCAACAACAGAUCUGCAUCCAUCACAUCAUCUCCAAUGUCUUACUCGAGGCAAAACAGAAGUGGAUACGAGGAGGGACAGACGAUGGCAGUGAUCAGGAGAGUGCCACCGAAAACGCCCAGGACCGGACAAUCUUGGCAGCAAGCGAUAGGGCGAUGGUCCGCGACUCUGGGCCUAGCCAGUCUUCCGAGCCCAUUCCACACACUUAUCAGGGUGUCGUGAUGCUGUGGAAGCUGGUUAUGUUUGCGGAAACCGAGGCGGAGCAUGACAGGCUGUGGGCAGAUGUGUGUAAGGAGUUCGGCGAGCAGAAGGCGAUCUUGUUAUACCUGUACAGGACCUAUAUGUCUGUAAGGGAGCAAUGGGCCCGGUGCUUUAUCCGGAAGUAUCGCAACUUCGGGUGCCGGGUCACCUCUGGGACGGAAGCGAGCAACGACAACAGCUGUGACGGCAAUCCCAAGUCCUUCGAACCCCCGGCCAAGAGGUAUCGGACUCUGCAGCGAGGACUGUACGCCAUCUGCUGA